AGGCGCAAGGUGGGGCCGCGAGCGCCCGCACUGUAGGGUGCGCGCAGGGGUGGGGGGCAACGGUCAACCGUCACCCUGAGGCAGGCGACGGCGGGAUGGCGACGGCCUCCGGGUCCUCGGACUUGGUGGGAUCCGGAGCGCCCCCGCCUGGCGGGGCAGCCCAGGCGGCGGCGGCAGCCGAGGAGGAAGAGCGAGAGGUGGUACGGGUCCGAGUCAAGAAAUGUGAGAGCUUCCUGCCACAUGAGUUCCGCUCUUUUGCUGUAGACCCCCAGAUCACCUCUCUGGACGUGUUACAGCACAUCCUCAUCCGAGCCUUUGAUUUGAAUGGGAAGAAGAACUUUGGCAUCAGCUACCUGGCCCGGGACCGGCUAGGACAGGAAGUUUACCUUUCUCUCCUGUCUGACUGGGACCUCAGCACUGCUUUCGCCACUGCUUCUAAACCUUACCUGCAGUUGCGUGUAGACAUUCGGCCCUCAGAGGACAGUCCACUGCUGGAAGACUGGGACAUAAUCAGCCCCAAGGAUGUCAUUGGCUCUGAUGUGCUGCUGGCUGAGAAACGGUCAUCACUGACAACAGCUGCCCUGCCCUUUACACAGUCCAUCCUAUCUCAGGUGGGUCGAACCUUGUCUAAAGUCCAGCAGGUGCUCAGCUGGUCAUAUGGAGAAGAUGUCAAGCCCUUCAAGCCACCCCUGAGUGAUGCUGAAUUUCACACAUACCUGAAUCACGAAGGUCAGCUCUCCCGACCCGAAGAGUUGCGCCUGCGAAUCUAUCAUGGUGGUGUAGAACCCUCGCUGCGAAAGGUGGUGUGGCGGUACCUGCUGAAUGUGUACCCAGACGGGCUUACAGGCCGUGAGCGAAUGGACUACAUGAAACGCAAGAGUCGCGAGUAUGAGCAGCUCAAGAGCGAGUGGGCCCAGCGAGCAAGCCCUGAGGACCUGGAGUUCAUCCGCAGCACUGUCCUCAAGGAUGUGCUGCGCACUGACAGGGCCCACCCCUACUAUGCAGGACCUGAGGAUGGCCCACACCUGCGGGCACUACAUGAUCUACUCACCACCUAUGCUGUUACACACCCACAGGUGUCCUACUGCCAGGGCAUGAGUGACUUGGCCUCCCCCAUCCUUGCCGUCAUGGACCACGAGGGCCAUGCCUUUGUCUGCUUUUGUGGCAUUAUGAAGCGCCUGGCUGCCAACUUCCAUCCUGAUGGCCGCGCCAUGGCCACUAAGUUUGCCCACCUCAAACUGCUUCUUCGACAUGCCGACCCUGACUUCUACCACUACCUACAAGAAGCAGGUGCCGAUGACCUCUUCUUCUGUUACCGAUGGCUACUGCUUGAACUCAAGCGUGAGUUUGCCUUUGAUGAUGCCCUCCGCAUGCUCGAGGUCACCUGGAGCUCACUGCCCCCUGAUCCUCCUGAACAUGAAGUAGAGCUUGUUGGACCUCCCAGUCAAGUAGCAGACAUUGGCUUUGGUGGCCACAGGGGGCGGCCCAUGCGACAGAGGCACAUGUUGAGGCCUGCAGGUGGAGGAGGCAGUGCCUUCGAAGAUGCUGUUAAACACUUGGCCACAUCCAGCCAGGGGCCUGGUGGUGGGGGGCGUCUCCUGAGACAAGCCAGCCUGGAUGGCCUCCAGCAACUCAGGGAUAACAUGGGCCCCAGGAGGGACCCUUUGGUCCAGUUACCCCACCCAGCUUCCCUCAUUAGUUCCAAGUCCCUCUCUGAGCCCUUGCUGAACUCCCCAGAUCCAUUGCUCUCCUCCUUUUCCCGCCCUGAUUCCCCAUCUUCCUCCUCUCCACCAUCUACCCAGGAGGCCUCUCCUGCUGGUGACAUGGGCAUAGGAUCCCCCCUGAUGCAAGAGUUAGGCUCCCCACGAGAUACUCGGAAGUCCUUGCCACCCCCACCCCCAAUGGGCCUGCCCCCACCCCAGGAGUUUGGCCGGGGGAACCCAUUCAUGCUCUUUCUUUGCCUGGCCAUCCUGCUGGAGCACCGUGACCACAUCAUGCGCAAUGGGCUGGAUUACAAUGAGCUAGCCAUGCACUUUGACCGCCUAGUGCGAAAACACCACCUGGGGCGUGUUCUGCGCCGAGCCAAGGCUCUGUUUGCUGAUUACUUGCAGUCAGAGGUUUGGGACUCGGAGGAGGGGGCUGAGGCCACAGCCCCAUCUUGAUUGAACUCCCUCCAGAUCCCAUCAGUCCCACCUUUGCCAUCAGGGCCCACACGUGAGAUCCCACCUCCCUGCCUGCCAGCCCUAGACCCGUUGGAGCCUGGAACCAUCUCUCCCCAGGUUUGAGUGUGGAGGGCUCUGCUUUGGCACUUUCCUGUUUUUGUUCUUUUGUUUUUAAACAACAACUUUGAACACUGUGG